AUGGUAGAUGCAUUUGUUAAACCAAUGGGGCAGGGUACUGUUAACCAGAAUUUGCUUCUUUGGAUAGCUUUUUGUUGUUGGGGUUUUUGGAAAGUGCGUAAUAGGUUUCUUUUUGAAGGGGGAAAGGAUCCCAAUAUGCCCGUUCAUUCGUCCUCUUCCCAUUGGUUGCCCUCUCUUGUGGGUAUGGUUAAAUGUAAUGUGGAUGCAUCAUUUUCCUUACCGAACCGGGCCGAGGCUAUCUUUCUUUGUAAAGCAGUCUUGUGGGCUAUAUCUCAGUGUUAUGAUAAGGUUUGGUUUGAAUGUGAUUCGUUGCUGGUGGUUCAGGCGGUAAAUGGUGGGGAUGGUGGUCUGGUUAAGAUUCAUUCUCUUUCUUUUGAUGUGCAAGUGUUGUUGGAGCGGUUUUCCUAUUCUUGUCUUAGUCAUGUCCGACGGCAUGGCAAUGGAGUAGCUCAUGCGCUUGCCAAGCUUUCUUGGCCUCAUAUUACGAGUGAUGUUGCUCUUACUCAUAUUCCUGCUGAUAUUUUGGAUUUGGCAGCAAAAGAUUGUAUCUGUUGA